AUGGUCACCAUAGGAACCACAGGCCCUCUCAGGAGCACAGAGGCCCUGGCAGGAGAAAUCUACUCCACACCUGGUUGGAACAGAAGCAUGAACUGUGCCUGAGCCCAGAGAAGAAAGCUGAGGCGUGAGGGACAGUUACCUGUUGCCUCAUUACUCAAAAGCCAUCUCCAAGCCACUGGAGGGAGAGACCUUCUCUGCUGAGUCUUUCUAGAGGCCACCAAUUCCUCAGCUCAGCAUCGCUGGAAGGAAGUCAAUCAACACCGAGGACCUUUCUCUGAAACCACAUGGCUCCUCCUGGAGAAUGCUGGGCCUGAGAAGGCCUUGGUAGAGAGGGCUCCUGAAGAGAACAAUGAAAAGGAGGAAACUGUGACUUCAACCAGCCUGUGUUCUCUGAGGCCCGGUGCUGGCCGUAACUCUGUGGGAGAAGAAGCCUGGGAUAUUUGCUUUGGAAAUCUUCUGAGGGGUCCCAGCUCACCCGGGCUGGUGGCUGCAGGAGGCUGGAUGACAGAGCCAGGAUGGAGGCCGCCAAGAAGGAAAAGGUAGAGCAGAUCCUGGCAGAGUUCCAGCUGCAGGAAGAAGACCUGAAGAAGGUGAUGAGGCGGAUGCAGAAGGAGAUGGACCGCGGCCUCAGGCUGGAAACCCACGAGGAGGCCACUGUAAAGAUGUUGCCCACCUACGUGCGUUCUACCCCAGAAGGCUCAGAAGUUGGAGACUUUCUCUCCUUAGACCUGGGAGGAACCAACUUCAGGGUGAUGCUGGUGAAGGUGGGAGAGGGGGAGGCAGGGCAGUGGAGCGUGAAGACGAAACACCAGAUGUACUCCAUCCCCGAGGACGCCAUGACGGGCACUGCAGAGAUGCUCUUUGACUACAUCUCUGAAUGCAUCUCUGACUUCCUGGACAAGCAUCAGAUGAAACACAAGAAACUACCCCUGGGCUUCACCUUCUCCUUCCCUGUAAGGCACGAAGACAUAGACAAGGGCAUCCUCCUCAACUGGACCAAGGGCUUCAAGGCCUCUGGAGCAGAAGGGAACAACAUCGUGGGACUCCUCCGAGAUGCUAUCAAAAGGAGAGGGGACUUUGAGAUGGAUGUGGUGGCGAUGGUGAACGACACAGUGGCCACAAUGAUCUCUUGCUACUAUGAAGACCGCCAAUGUGAGGUCGGCAUGAUUGUGGGCACCGGCUGCAACGCCUGCUACAUGGAGGAGAUGCAGAAUGUGGAACUGGUGGAAGGGGAUGAGGGACGCAUGUGCGUCAACACCGAGUGGGGCGCCUUCGGGGACUCGGGCGAGCUGGAUGAGUUCCUGCUGGAGUACGACCGGAUGGUGGAUGAGAGCUCAGCGAAUCCCGGCCAGCAGCUGUACGAAAAGCUCAUUGGUGGAAAGUACAUGGGCGAGCUGGUACGCCUUGUGCUGCUCAAGCUGGUGGACGAGAAUCUUCUGUUUCACGGAGAGGCCUCGGAGCAGCUGCGCACGCGUGGCGCCUUCGAGACCCGUUUCGUGUCGCAGGUGGAGAGCGACUCCGGUGACCGCAAGCAGAUCCACAACAUCCUGAGCACUCUGGGGCUUCGGCCCUCGGUCGCCGACUGCGACAUCGUGCGCCGAGCUUGUGAGAGCGUGUCCACUCGCGCCGCCCACAUGUGCUCGGCGGGACUAGCAGGGGUCAUAAAUCGCAUGCGUGAAAGCCGCAGUGAGGACGUGAUGCGCAUCACGGUGGGCGUGGACGGCUCCGUGUACAAGUUGCAUCCCAGCUUCAAGGAGCGAUUCCACGCCAGUGUGCGGAGGCUGACACCCAACUGCGAGAUCACCUUCAUCGAAUCGGAGGAGGGCAGCGGCAGGGGAGCAGCGCUGGUGUCGGCGGUGGCCUGCAAGAAGGCCUGCAUGCUGGGCCAGUGAAGUCCAGGCCGCAGGGACAGGGACCUGGGUUCCACAGGACUCCACACCCCACAGGUGCUCCCAGCCCACCGGGGCGGGAGACCUAUUCUGCGGCUACCUCUGGAAAAUGGGAGAGGCCCCCUGCCAGCCGAGCAGGCCUUUCUGCAGAGCCAGCCAGUGGGACAGCCCUAGGGUUCUGAGCCUGGGGCACGGGGCUGGAUCGGAGGCCCCAAAGCCUUUCUUGCUAGAAUCGGCUACAGAGGAAGGCGUUGCACACUCAGGACUUGCAUUUCACACUUCUUGCCUCCCACCGCUGUGGGCCUGGCCUCCCUGACCUCCCAAGGGAGUGCCUCCUGGACCUUGCCAUGGACUGGCUUCCCUGGGCACACACCUUCAUGGGGAGGUAGCUCCAGCAGCUAGGCCAGAUCAGACCUGGGCCCCCAGGAGGGCAAGGGCUGCUGGUCACCCAGGCCUGGCUGUUUUCUUGCCUCAGACUGAAGAGGCUGGGGAGCCAUAGGAACCACGGGAGACUAGGACUGUCCAGCCGCAUGGAGGGGACUUUCCAGGCCAGAAGCAUCCCAAAGAGACCAUUUCCUUCAUAUACCUCUAGCUCUGAGUGGUUUAUGGUUCUGGGAUGAACCCUUCCAGGAGAUGCCAGAGGAUAGAGCCCUAGAGUCCCCCGCCUAAGGGGACCAGAAAGGGGCAGCCUCCUCACUCUGCACUAUCAGGAGCUCCCCUUCCUUCAAGCAGGAUGGCAUUUUCAAUUCUUACAUCCCUGACCCAGGAGGAAAAAGCAAGCCACCCUCAGUAUCCCUCCAAGAGAUCACCCAGGGCCCUCUCUCAUCCUCAUCAGGCAUCCCAAAUACCACACCUCCCUCUCUACACAAACCGGGGACUAUGGGAGGGGAGGGGGGAGUUUUUAAUUAAACAUUCUA